AUGCUCAGGACCCUCGGGCUGGCCCUGCUGGCUCUGCUCAGCACCGUGGGCCCGAGCCAGGCCAGCGGCUUCACAGAGAAAGGCCUGUCCUUGCUGAGCUACCAGCUAUGCAACUACAGUGUGACCCAAAGUGUCCAGAAGGUGGAGGCCGUCCAGGUGUCCCAUGUGACCUACGCCCCCUGCGGCGGGUGGAUCCCGUGGAGACGGUGCCCCAAGACCGUUUACAGGACCCGGUACCUGGCAGUGGACGUCCCCGAGCCCCGGAACGUGACGGACUGCUGCGAGGGCUAUGAGCAGCUGGGCCUCUACUGCGUCCUGCCCCUGAAUCGCUCCAGGGAGUUUGCAUCGAGACCCGGGGUCUGCCCAGCGGUGGGGCCAGAUGCAUCCACCUCACUCUGUGCCUUGGACGCCGACUGCCCUGGACUUCAGAAAUGCUGCCCCUUGCAGGGGGGCCACCGCUGCGUGGCUCCCAUGCCCCAAGCUCCAGAGAGGAAUCUGACGAGCUCCUGGUUCAACGUGACCAUCCUGGUGAAAAUGAACUUCCAGGAACUCCGGCAGGUGGACGCCAGGCUCCUGAACCACAUGAGACUUCUGCACUCCAUGGUCACCAGUGCCCUGCGGCCGAUGGAGGCCACUGUCCACCACCUGCACUCGGCCUGUGGGGACACUUCGACCACUGUGUCGUGGCUGCUGCUGGGCCUGCUGCAGCCAGUGCCUGUGGCCAACGUCUCCGCAAUGCUGGACGGCAUCGUGAAGCGUGUGUACGAAGUGAUCAACAUCCAGGUGCAAGAUGUGAAUGAAUGUUUCUACGAGGAACUCAACGCCUGCUCUGAAAGGGAACUGUGCUUAAACAUGGAUGGCUCAUACCAGUGCAUCUGUAACUCAGAGCCACUGACCUCGUCCCCCCAGGAGCUGAACCUCACAUGUGAAGAUGGCCCUCCCAUCAGAGACCACAUGGUCCUCAACGUCACUAGCAGCAGCUUUCAUGUGUCCUGGAGCUUAAAUUCCACCCAGAACCGCACUUUCCACGUGCAGGUUUACAGGGGUGAGGAGCUGCUCAGGAGUGCCUGGACCCAGGGGACGACUCUGGAGGUGGCUGGGCUGGAGGCUGGGGUGCUGUAUGGGGUGAAGACCAGCUACCAGGCGUGUGGGACCAAUGUCACCACCAUGCUGACCGUCAAAACUGAUGCCCAGGUGUUCCAGGUCACACUGAGAAUCCUGAACCGCACGCUGACUGAGACGCUGCUGAACCGCGAGAGCCGCGAGCAUCGGGAGUUUUCCCGACAACUGCUUCAUGAGGUUGAAAGCUCCUUUCCGCCGGCGCUGUCUGACUUGUACAGAAGAGGGGAGCUGAGGCUGCAGAUCGUGUCCCUUGAGGCCGGAAGUGUGGUCGUGAAGCUCCGGGUGACGGUGCAGGACCCCGAGUUCCCGGUGGGCGUCUCCACGCUGGCCCCCAUGCUCCCGCGGCUGUGGACGAGCACCGUGUUCCAUAUUGACCAGCGGGGGACACACGUGCAAGAUUGGGACGAGUGUGCGGACAGCCUGGAGCACGACUGCUCGCCGGCUGCCCAGUGCAUCAACCUGGAGGGCUCCUACACCUGCCGGUGCCUGACGGCCAGGGACGCCAACCCCUCGCGAGCAGGCCGGGCCUGUGCCGCUCUGCUUCCUGAGAUGCAUUUGNGCGUGGUCGGGCAGGACAGGAACAGCACAGGGCAAGGCAUGGAGAAGGAAGUGCCCAGUGAGGCCUCCAGCCUGGGGACAAGCCAAUGGAUGGCCACCAUGGCUCCCAGGCCAACCCACAGCUCCCUUUCUGGGGCCACGGGGGGCCUGCUGGACCCCCCUGGGUUGUUGCCAAGAAACUCCACUACAGAGGUGCCCACCUGGCCCACCCCUGCUGAGGGCCCAAUGGGCCAGGUCGUGUGGCACGCCAGCCUCCCCACGUGGGACACACCACCAGCACCUCUGGACCCCACACAGCCACAGAACACAGACCCUGGACCCUCCGGUCCCCCAGACCUGUCAUCGGCCCCAUUCCCCGCAUCUCUGGAGACCCCGGCCUGUGUUCCCACCCCCAUCGGAAGGGUCACCAUCUCCAAUGUGACCAGCACUGGCUUUCACGUGGCGUGGGCGGCAGAUCUCGCCCUGCACCCCACAUUCCAGCUCACCCUGAUGUCCGUGCGGAGCCCCACCAAGCACCUGGAGACCCGGAACGCGAGCCUGACGCUGUGGGGCCUGGAGCCUGGCGUCUUGCACCUGGUCGAGAUAGUGUCCAAAGCAUGUGGGCAGGAAAGUGCCAGGGCACACCUGAAAGUGAGGACAGAGAGCUCCGGACUCCGCCUGCUCACCCACGUCCUGGCGGGUUUGCGGCAGGACGAUGCACGCGCUGUGCGGGAUUCCUUGCCCGCGACGAUGCAGCAGCACCUGGAUGCGGGUGGGGUGCAGGUGGAAGUGACCCGCAUCGCCAACGGCAGCGUUGUGGUCGAGUUCAAUUUGCUGAUCGUCUCGGACUUGGAUGUCCAGGAGGUGUCCGCCGCGUUCCUUGCCGCCUUUCAGAACGCCUCUCUGCUGGAGGUGGUUGGGGGAGACACCUUCAUAUGGGGUGACACUUCUGACAACACAACCCAGGCCUCCGGGUCCUCUCUGGCCCCUGGCCCAGAGCAGCCCCCCACACCAGCGGAAACUAGGGCUGCCUCCAUGCUAGGUGCCAGCCCGGCCCUCCAGGGGCUGCCCCAGCGGCUGAACCUGACCGGCGCGGUCAGGGUGUUGUGCGAGAUCGAGAAGGUAGCCAUCGCCAUCCAGAGGCGCUUCCUGCAGCAGGAGUCCAUCCCUGAGUCCUCCCUGUACCUGGGACACCCGUCCUGCAAUGUGAGCGACAGCAAUAGCACACACGUGUUCCUGGUGGCCGGAUGGAGCGAGUGUGGGACCCUCGUGCAAAGCGUAAGUUCUGGGAGCAGGGAGUGUCCAUGCUGUCCAGACCUCAAUGUGGGGGUUUACACCAUCAUUGAGGACCUCCACGGCGCUGGAAGCUUCGUUACGGAAAUGCACUUGUUUAUUGGAGACUCUCCCAUACCACGAAAUUAUAGUGUGUCUGCCAGCGACGAUGUCAAGAUCGAAGUGGGGCUCUAUAAACAGAAAAGCAACCUCAAGGUGGUCCUGACCGAGUGCUGGGCUACACCGUCCAGCAACGCCCGGGACCCCGUCAUGUUUGGCUUCAUUAACAACAGCUGCCCCAUCCCCAACACGCACACGAAUGUGAUCGAGAACGGGGACUCCAACAAGGCCCAGUUUAAGCUGAAAAUCUUUUCCUUCAUCAACAACUCCAUAGUCUACCUACACUGCAAACUCCGCAUCUGCAUGGAAUCCCCUGGAACCACGUGCAAAAUCGAUUGCAAUGACUUUCGGUCGCUGAGAAGCGGUGAGCCAUCUGCAACACACCAGACAUCCUGGGGACCCCUCAUUCGGUCUGACGGUGAGUUUCCAGGUGCGAAGCCAGGCCUGGCACCCGGCUACAUUGUCCUCAUCGUGGUGGCCAUCUUUGCCUUGGUGACAGGGGCAGCCGCCCUUCUCAUCAUGCGCUACCAGAGGAUGACCGGGAAGUACAACUUCAAAACCCAGUCAGACGACUUCAGCUACCAGGUGUUCCAUGACUAGAAGGCCCCGGCCGCCCUGAAGGCAGGUAGCUGUGAAUUGAACUCGGUUCUUAAUUCAUCAAGCAUUGAUGGAAACCUACUCUGUCUCACAUCUAAAGCUUCCAUCAGCCCCCAAGAUGAUGAAAACACAAACUUCACCUGCUCCCAGGAGGCCUGUCGACUGUGUAGGUUCCAGACAAGCAGGCAAGUGCGAGGAACCAUUGGAGAAGUGUGCAGGGUGUUGGAGAUGCUUGGGACUCCAGACACAAGAACCUUCAAACCAGGCGUGAACGCAGCUCUGCCAUCAUCCAAAUAUCCCCCAUGACCCCAGAGUUCCCUUUACCAUCCAUAUUGGUCCAAGUGGCCCUUCCUGGUUUUGCUCACAACUGACAUCCAUCCAUCCAUCAUCUAUUCAUCCAUCCCUCCCUCCCUCCAUCCAUCCAUCAUCUACCCACCCAU